CUCUGUUCGAUUCCAUAUCUAACGAGGACUUCAGCUUCAAUCGUUUCAUAACAAUUCCGACAAGCUUGAUGUAAAGUGGGAGACUCGAAGGGGGGGGGAUACGCGCGCUGUGCUUUUUGUCUCUUUUGUUCGCGGACUCCUCGGCAGUGGCCUCUCCUCCAUUCUGGUCCCCUCGAUCGCGGGCCGUCUUUUAUUGUUGGGGCUGGUAUAUAAACUCGGUGCAGUACCAGUUCAAGAAUGACAUUUCCCGCCCUUUUGUACUCCCGCGACGAGCGACUGCCCCGAGAUCAACUGCCCAGGCUCUGCGACACAAUCACGUCUAGCUCGGUUACUUGGAAGCGCACUAUUUUCGCCCCAAGAACACGUCGGCCGGACGAGCUUUGUAUACGUUCUACCAGGUCUCAAUACCAUGAGGAUGUCCUACAUUGUCCUCCCUGCUCGCCAUAUUGAGAUUCCCGCUUCCGCUCGUGAUAAGCCGCUUCCGCCGCUCCCGCAAGGUGAA